AUGAAGCUCUUGACGCUUGUAUUACAGCUCGCGCUAUCGUCCCUCGCGGCCGCCGCUGCGAUACGGGGCAACGGCUUUGGCCCCUUCAAAGUCAUUUCAGACGCCGAGGGGCGAGGUGCGCAACAGAAUGUCGUUACUUGGGACGCUCACUCCCUCUUCAUUCGCGGUGAGCGCGCCAUGAUUUACUCUGGCGAGUUCCACCCAUUCAGACUUCCGGUGCCUAGCUUGUGGCUUGACGUCUUCCAGAAAAUCAAGGCUCUUGGUUUUAAUACAGUCUCAUUCUACGUCGACUGGGCGUUGCUUGAAGCCAAAGAGGGCGAAUACCGCGCCGAAGGCAUCUUUGACCUAGAGCCUUUCUUCAAGGCCGCAAAGACUGCUGGCAUAUUCCUCAUCGCUCGUCCUGGUCCAUAUAUCAAUGCUGAAGUCGCUGGCGGUGGUUUCCCCGGGCGUCUGCAGCGCCUCACCGGCCAAUUGCGAACCAAGUCGCCCGAUUUCUUGAACGCAACUGAAAAUUACAUGAGCAACAUUGUUCCUCUCAUUGCCAAGUACCAAAUCACAAACGGCGGACCAGUCAUCCUCUAUCAGGCCGAAAAUGAGUACAGCAUAUCCAACGGCAGAGUUCCAUUUCCUGAUGGCGAAUACAUGCAGGCCGUCAUUGAUCAGGCCCGUCGCUUUGGUAUUGUGCUUCCUAUUGUGAAUAAUGAUGCCAGCAAAGACGGCCAUAACCGCCCUGGUAGUGGUGCUGGCGCGGUAGACAUAUACGGUUACGACGCGUAUCCUCUAGGCUUUGACUGCUCAAACCCUACCUAUUGGAGAAGCGACGCCCUCCCUGUUGACUAUUACGAGGUGCACAUGAGAAACAGUCCCAACACUCCCUUUACCAUUAACGAGUUUGGCGGUGGCUCGUACGAUCCCUACGGCGGUGUUGGAUAUGAGAAGUGCGCUGCUCUCACCAAUCACGAGUACGAGCGCGUUUUCAACAAGGACACUCUUGCUGGUGCUAUCGGCAUCCUCAAUGUCUACAUGCUCUUCGGCGGCACAAACUGGGGCAACCUUGGUCACUCGCGCGGAUACACUUCUUACGACUAUGGCUCUGCAAUUCGUGAGGAUCGUUACAUCGACAGAGAAAAGUACUCCGAGCUCAAGCUCGAGGCGCAUUUCAACCGAGCUUCCCCUAGCUAUCUUCUCACUACCCCCGGCGCUCUGAGCACUACUGCCUACACCGACAACCCCAACAUUGCCGUGACUCCGCUGAAGUCUAACGGUACUGGUGACUAUUACAUCGUACGCCACUCUGACUACCAGCUCACUACCUCUGCAACGUACAAGCUGCGUUUGCCGACUUUCAACGGAACUCUCAUUGUGCCUCAGACGGGCGGACGCCUUACCAUGCCAGGUCGUGACACCAAGAUCCACGUCACCGAUUAUCCUGUUGGCAAGCACACCAUGCGCUACUGCACGGCAGAAAUUUUUACCUGGCAAAAGGCUGAUAAUCAGACCAUACUUGUCUUGUACGGUGGCCUGGGCGAACUCCACGAGCUCGCUUUCCAAAAAUCCUACAAUGUCGCCCAGAUUGAAAGUAGCAACGUCGCUGUGUCUUCUUCCGUCAAUACGGUCAUCAGUUGGACUGUCGAGACUGAGCGACAGAUUAUUCAGCUGGGCGAUCUCACCAUCUACCUCUUGGACCGCAACUCGGCCUACAACUACUGGGCUCCCAUACUUCCCAGCAGCAAGAACGGCAACUUUGGCAACUCGGUCAUGAACCCCGAUGCGGUCAUUGUCAGCGGCCCCUACCUCGUCCGCUCGGCCGAUGUCUCAGGCUCGACACUCAACAUACAGGCCGACUUCAACAAGACAACCGAUUUUGAAGUCAUUGGUGCCCCCAAGGGCGUCUCCAAGCUCUCCAUCAAUGGCAAGAUGACCGAAUUUACAAAGUCCAAGCAUGGUAGCUGGCUUGCCAAACCCAGCAUCAAGAUUCCCGACGUCAAGCUCCCGGAUCUCAAGUCGCUGGACUGGCUGUCGAUGGACUCUUUGCCCGAGCUGCAACCCGGCUACGAUGACAGCCAGUGGACGCGCGCCCAAAACUAUACCCGCAACUCGGUCUGGCCGCUCAGCACGCCCGUAUCACUCUACGGCGGCGACUACGGGUACAACACAGGCACACUGCUAUUCCGCGGCCGCUUCAACGCCACCGGGACCGAAAACAGCCUGUUUCUGCGCACCAUGGGCGGUCUCGCAUUUGCCAGCAGCGUGUGGCUCGACGGCAAGUUUGUCGGUGGUAGCCUCGCGCAGGCGAACCAUGACGACGCCAACUCGACCUACGCGAUCCCGCAGCUCGACCCGGGCACGCUGCACGUCUUGACGAUUGUUGUCGACAACAUGGGCCUCAAUGAAAAUUUCAUCAUUGGCGACGAAGACAUGAAGCGGCCCCGCGGUAUCAUCGCGUACAGCUUGACCACCAGCUCCGGCACCCACACGGACAUUUCGUCCUGGAAACUGACUGGUAACCUCGGUGGCGAAGACUACAAGGACCACUUUCGAGGACCGCUCAACGAGGGCGGCCUGUUCUUCGAGCGCCAGGGCUACCACCAGCCGAACCCGCCCGCGGGCAAAUUUUUCCACAAGACGCCGUUCGAGCAUCAUGACGGUGCCGGUGUGCAGUUCUACGCUGCCAAGUUCGCGCUCGACCUGCCCGCGAAAGACUACGACAUUCCCUUGUCCUUUGUCUUUGAUAACGCGACCGUCGCGCAGCACUAUCACGGCUUCCUCUACGUCAAUGGCUUCCAGUUUGGCAAGUACAUCAACUACCUCGGUCCCCAAACGAGCUUUCCGGUGCCCGAGGGCAUUCUCAACUAUGAGGGUGAUAAUUGGGUCGGGCUGGCCGUGUGGGCGCUCGACGAGGCGGGUGUGGCCGUGCCCGGCUUAUCGCUGGUGCCGCGGCAGCCGGUGCUGACGGGGAGAGAGCCCGUGGAGGUGGUGGCUUCGCCAAAGUGGGUGAAGCGGUCGGAUGCGUAUUAA